AAAUCAAAAAUCUACACUUUCCCCCAAAUUUUCUCCUCAAUCAUCUCUCUCUCUUCCUCCCUCCUCCAGAUUUAGCCCUAAACCGUUACUUGCCCCCUCUCUGGAUUUUCCCGGAAAAUUAAACCACUUUCUCUGCCAAAGUUCUCCUCGUAUGAAAAUUCUCUGACCCCUCUCCAUCGAAUCGGAUUCGUCGAUUUAGGGGAGAUACAGAAACCUAACCUAGUAGCUCCCUUGAUCAGAUUCGAGAAUCCUUGCUUCGACUUGAUCAGGAAACAGGGAGAGGGAGAGGAAGGAACGGAGGAGAAACUCUUUCCCUCGAUUUCUCUCCUGAAUCAACAACACCAAUCGUCUUCUUCUUCCGUUGACCAGAUCUUCCGAUUCAACUAUGCGCUGAACGGCAAAAGGAAGAAGAAGAAGAAGAAGAAGAGCCUCGCUUUGUUUUCGAUCUGGAUCGGUGAUUAAUGGAGUUUUUGAAUUUGAAUGUUUUACUUCUCGGUAUCAUUCUCAGCUUCCUCUUCGUCCAAUCACAACAAGGUCAAGCUCAAACUCUAUCACCACCUCCUCCUCUUCCGCUCCGGAAUCUCUCGCCUCCUCCUCCUCCUCCGCCAUUUAAACAAUCAGGAGACAGUACGCCACCACCGAGUACUCAAGCUAACACGCCUCCUCCGCCUCUAAACAGUAUUGGCAUUCUCAUUGCUCCUCCGCCACCUCCUUCACCAUCACCACCGCCUCCGCCUCAUUCUCCACCUCCACCACCGCCGCCGAUUCCAAAACCUCCUCCGCCGCCGCCGCGUGCGCUAGCUCCUCCUCCGCAAUUUAACAGAAACAAAUCACGGAGGCUACGACCACCAUCUCCACCUCCUCCUACUCCUCCGCCUCCACGGAUCUUCAAGCAGCCGGAGAAGAGUGGAUUAAACACAGGGAAGACGGUGGGUCUUGUAUUUGCUGGGUUCGCAGCGAUGCUGCAGAUUUGCGUUGUUGCCUUCUUGGUUUUCAAAAGAAAGCAGCUUUUAAGGAUGACACAUGCUUACUGAGAAACUUUAAGGAAGAGAUCGUCAUAGCCUUUCUCCCUCCUUAUCGGAUCGUCAAAGACUUCCUCUGUAAAUGGGUACAUUCUGGGUUUGACAAAGUUCAUUUUUUUUCUUUUUUUUCUUUCUAAUAUUUUUUUGUUCUUUUUUAAGGUCGUGUAGGUUUUUUUUUUCAUUUUUACGUGCCUAAUGAUGCUAACUAGAGUGAAAAACAGAGAGGUGUCGAGAGAGAGAGAAAGAGUGGCUCUUAAGUCAUGUAAUAUUGUUCUUUUAGCCAGUUCUGUGAGAUGUUGUUCAACACCAGAAAGAAAAAAAAACGAUAUAUAAUAUCAUUUUGUGAGUUCGUUCCUUUGAA